CAGCCAGAAACCGUUAUCAGUGGCGGCAAUAACAAGCGAGGCUUCACCACACUUCCAGUACAAAGAAGAUCAGUGCAGUUGCCGUGCCGGGUGCGUCCAGUUGCCCUGUUGUCCAGUUGCCUUGUUGUCCACGUGUGAUUGCUGGUGAUUAUGCACUAGAUCGAUACUAGACCGAUUCCAUACAAAGUGUGCUGUAAAAACAAAGCGGUGAGGGUCACUUCCGCAAACGCAAACACAACAGCAACGAUGACGGGAACCGCCGCCGUGCUCCUCACGAUCACGAUUCCCACGAGGGACGAGGAGCAGCGCCUGAAGAAGGGCUACGUCCAGGUGGUCAACGGGGCGGUGGCCACGCCCAUUGGCACCACCAGCCGCGCCUCGACGAUCGAAAGCCUGUCCACCAUCCGGAUGGGAGGGGAAUCACCGGAGCAGGGCGUCAAGUCGCAGAGUGGCCUGCCAAAAAUCCAAAUUCAGACGACCGAUGGCAGCUGCCACGAUCACCUGCUCAACAUGCCACUGGACACGGACCAGGAGCAGGUGGUGCGCCAGAUCCUGCAGAAGUUUCACAUACCCAACGCCGUGUGGCUGCCCAGUCUGGCGGGGAAUGCCUACCACAUCAGCUUCUCCAUGGACUUUGACGAGCGCUACGAGAAUCUGUACGAGGCGCUGCAGGAAUGGGGCAUUGGCGAUCGGGAGGGAUCGGCGGUUUCUGUGGUCAGCUGCCUGGCCAACAGAUCCUACGUCCAGCGUGAAGCCAUGGAGGAUCAAGAGGAACAGGCCUCUAGCAAUGAGCACAUCAAUGCCCAGAAGCAAGGGAUCUGGAAUCGGUUCAUGAACUCUGUGCGAUCCCGAUUGAAUGUGGCCCAGAUCCUGAGGGAUGUGCGCCAGGAUGCGGCUAUUACCUUCGACUUUUGCAUACUACUAGUCUCGGCAGCAGUUCUGGCCAGCUUCGGUCUGGUGGAGAAUAGCACGAUCUUCCUGGCCUCCAGCAUGCUGAUUUCCCCUUUGAUGGGGCCAAUCAUCGCGGCCAUCUUUGGGACUGUGAUCCAGGACCGAUCGCUUCGCAGGCUGGGCAUGCUGAACGAGCUGAUCGGCAUCCUGACCGCCACCCUGGUGGGCUUCCUCUUCGGCCUGGUGGUGUGCACCACGGACCACAAGUACGGCAUUGGCGAAGGACUCACGGAGGAGAUGCUAUCCCGCUGCGACCUGCACUCCCUGGUUGUGGGGGUUUUCACGGCCAUCCCUUCGGGAGCGGCGGCUGCCAUUGGAAUCCUGGGCGGCAACAUUGGCUCCCUGGUGGGUGUGGCCAUAUCCGCCUCUCUGCUGCCGCCGGCAGUCAACUCUGGACUGCUGUGGGCAGUGGCCUGCAUCUACAAGUUCUUCGAGCACGACGACUCGCUGUACGUGGAUGUGAUCAAGACGCGUCGCUACUCGGACAACCAGGCCGAGGAACUGGCCGUCCUGGGCGGCAUCAGCAUGUGCCUAACGCUGUCCAACGUGCUGUGCGUCUACCUGAUGGGCAUCCUGGUGCUGAAGGCCAAGGAGAUCGCGCCGGUGAUCGGGCGCAAGAACAGGCAGUUCUGGAAACAUGACAUCAAGUUGGCGCGCCAUGGAAAAGUGGAGACGGAGUCCGAUAUUUUGGACGAGCUAAUGGCCAACCUGGCCACCGAGGACCAGCAGGCGCUCGGUUCACUCAAUCGUCAGUUUCUGCGCCACCUGGACGAGGCGAACUACCAGCACACAUGGUCGCCGCUCAGCAACCGGCACAGUUUCUCGAUGCAGCCGCCUGGAGCGGCAUUCUCCACCAUCCACCGACUGGAGCAGCUGUAUGCCUCGAAAAUGGGAGGUGCUUAUCCUCCACUAGAGCAACGCCAGCGCCACAGUGUGGUUAGUAGGCCAUCGCAAAGGAGCCACGAUGUGACCAUCCAGCUAAGUCCUCCGCAGUCCCGUCCUCGAUUUUCCAGCAUGCCCUCGCAAGUGGGAAAGGAGGAGCCACCAAAGGUGGCCAGUUCCAAGCGGUUUACAGUCACGCCAGCCACUGAGGAUCAGCAGCUUCCCUAGAUAUCUAAUAGGUCUUUUCGUGUUUUCACUUUCACAGGAUUUGUGUAAAUUUAAAUAUUAUAAGAGUCAAUUACUUGCUAUACUCUAGCAGAGGGUAUAUCAACUCUGUAAAAGUGAAAACCUGAAAUGCCCUUCAUAGCUUAGUUAAGUGUAUAUGUGUAAUGUGAAUCUGUGUGCAACAAUUUCGAAUAAUAACUACAAGUCUA